AUGGCCUCGGUACUUUCUAAUAUUUCAUGUAAACAAUGCUAUGUCGCGAAUCUACUACAAAACACGUUACUUAUACACACUCUCUUCUGUACAAUGCGAAAUCAACCAACUCUAGCGGAUAGUGUUAUCAUCAUUGAACCGAGUUCAUUUCAUUUACGUAUUAGUCGAGCUGUUGACUCUACACCAAAACGUUUUCCACAUUGUAUAGCACGUAAACCGAAGCCCAACAUUUCACCGCAUAUUGAACCUAUCAUUAAUCGACAUAAAUUAAAUUGUCAAUCAGCUAAAUUUCAAGAAUCGAUUCAAACAAUACAAUCCUAUGUGAAUACGCUAUUUAAUUUGAAUUAUUCAUCACCGCCACCAUCAUCAUCCUCUUCAGAAGAAACUACCACUCAAUCGUCUGUUAGCAUUCAUCUAUCUAAUAAACAAGAUCUCAAAGAUGAACUGGAAGAUGGUAAACAUCUUUUUGAAUGGGAGAAACAAACGUCAUCUGAUCAAGAUUUCUAUGCACUAAAUGAUGCUUUUACUUAUGGUUUAAAAAAUGGUUAUCAUAUUACUUGGCCUAUACGUUAUGGAUUCUUUUCACCGUCAGCGAAUUAUACAGCUAUCUUACAGGAUUUAGAAAAUAUUUGGUCUACAGCUAUAGAAAAACAUAUUGGUAUUCAACGAUCAAAUCUUAGCAAUUAUAAAGCAAUACUUGUAAUCAAUGAUGUAUACAAAAGAAAUGAGAUACGUUAUCUAGUACAUCUACUAUUGAAUCGAUUAAAAUUUGGACGUGUUUUUGUACAUCAAGCCAGCGUGUGCACUACCUAUGGGAUUGGUUUACCUACAGCUUGUGUUAUUAAUAUUGGUGAACAAAAAACUAGUAUAUCCUGUGUUGAAGAUGGUAUAGCUCAUUCAGAAGCACGAGUUAUCUUACCUGUUGGACGAAGUGAUGUUCUCAGAGUGUUUCAUUCCCUUACACUACCUAAUGGAUUUGAUGAUAAUAAUGAUUGUAAUGUAGAUUUAAAAUAUGAACACCUCUCAGAUGUAGAAGAUUUACGCACACUUUGGGAGAAUUCACUUCAAUGUUCAAUGGAUCAUCUGCUUUCUCAACAAAAUGAAAGAGUCAAACUGGAGGAAGACAUCCAAUCGAACAACACUAAUCAAUCUUCAGGGAUGAAUAAACACGAUUCUACUGUAUCACUUCAAUGGAUAUACCAACGGAAUCGAUAUGAUAUUUCUCGUCUUCAUGUAUCUACAGUCCUGUUAUCUUGUAUACUCCCGUUUGCUUGUAUUUCUACAAUUAUUCUACCCAAAGAAGCCUAUUGUAUAUAUCAGUUGCCUGCCCUACAUUCUUCAGAACCAGAUGAUCCCUUUGAUGACUUGUAUAUAUCACUUACUGCACGUGAACGUCGAAAACGUGGUCUACCUAAUGAGCAGUCAACAGCUGUUGCAUCGACUGAACAACCAGACGCGGAAAUGGAUACCACUGAACUAGCGCCUCCAGGAAACAACCACAUUUCACAAAGACCUAAUUUUUUUGAAUCACUUCCAGAAGCAGUUUGGUGGAGUAUUAAUCAAUGUGCAAAUUUUGUCAGCUCUCAAUUCAGUACAGAGGUGGUGACUUCACAGAAUACAGGUCCAACACCUGGAGGACGACUUGUACAAAGUUCAAGCAUAGUAGCUGAUGAAGUACGUCGACGUCUAUUAGGCUGUAUAAUUCUAACCGGUGGAGGUGUAGCUGGUAUCAGUAAUCAGAUUAUAGAAAGAUGGUUAACUGAACAGCUGACUGCAAUUGUACGCGAAAAACAAACAACAACAGCAGCUACAUCAGGUUAUAUACCGACAGUGGAAAUUAUUAACCAUUCGGAUCCUGCUGACCUUUCAUGGUUUGGAGCUAGACUGCUGCUUACAACUGAUCUAUUAAAUGAUCUGUGGUUAACACCAGUAGAAUGGAAUCGUUUUGGUUCAAGAGUACUUCGUGAGAAAGCUGCUUUUCUUUGGUGA